UAUAUAUCAUAUAUGUGUAUUAUGCAAAUAUAUAUAUUGAAUAUUUAUUCAAAGAGAAUGAUUAGAUCUCUCAUUCGACCUUCCUUGCUCUGUUUCAGAACCAAAGAUCUGUCUUUUCUCACACAUCGUCAAAUUUUCAGCGUCCCAACAAAACCACCUACCAAAGGCCUAUUUAACGUUGUUAUCAAGUCUAAAUUUGGGAAUUCGUUCAAUUCCAGAUCGAUGUCAGCGUCCGUGAGUUCUCCAUCUCGUGCCAUGGAACAACCAAUUGAUAAAAUUCUCGCUGCAACAAACGACAACCAUGGAGGUGUUAUUGUGGAAAUGACGACUGAGCCCAUGGACGCUGGUGUUUUCACUUCUUUACUUAGAGCUUCAAUUUCACAUUGGAGACAACAGGGUAAGAAGGGUGUUUGGAUAAAAAUUCCUAUCGAGCUUGGAAAUCUUGUUGAACCUGCUCUCAAGGAAGGAUUUUACUACCACCAUGCCGAGCCAAAAUAUUUGAUGCUUGUACAUUGGAUUCCUGAAAGUGUCAAUACUCUCCCAGUGAAUGCCACACACCGAGUCGGUAUUGGUGCUUUCGUCAUGAAUGGAAACAAAGAGGUGCUGGUGGUCCAAGAAAAGAGUGGACGAUUCCGUGGAACAGGCGUGUGGAAGUUCCCCACAGGAGUGGUUGAAGAGGGUGAAGAUAUUUGUGAUGCAGCUGUGAGAGAAGUAAAAGAGGAGACAGGAAUUGACUCGAAAUUUUUGGAAAUACUAGCAUUCAGACAAAGCCAUAAGGCGUUCUUUGAGAAGUCAGAUUUAUUCUUUGUUUGCAUGUUGCAAGCGCUCUCCUUUGACAUCCAGAAGCAGGAAUUGGAGAUAGAGGCAGCCCAGUGGAUGCCAUUCGACGAAUAUACAGCUCAACCCUUUGUCCAGGAAAACGAGCUUCUUAAGUACAUGCUUGACAUAUGCUUAGCAAAGAAAAAUGGAGAAUAUUCUGGGUUUUCUCCAGUGCCUACUACAACGAGUUUUUCUAACGAAAAGAGCUACUUGUACUUAAAUUUGCAGGACCUGAACCGCCGCAGCCACUAAGAUUCGCUUCUCUGCCCAUAAAUUUGAAUCAUUCUGACAUCUUCAUUCUGUAAUUUUAUUUACAUAUCACGUGAUUCAUCGUGACAUUAAUUCUAUUUCAGAUCAUUAGAUGUCCAGUGAUGCCCUCUUGAGGAGAAGCGUAGUGGGUGAAUUGUUUUCUACUUUUAUGUAUUUAUUCCUUUUGAGCAAUUGCUUCAUGCUACUUAUAAGUUAAAAUGCACAUGUGAUAUGAUCUUACAGAGAUUUCUAAGCAACUGACAAUUACAGAAUUGCAAUAUAAGUUGUCUUCUUCA